AUUAGCCAGAGAGAGUGAAACAACAACAGAAACAGAGAGACAGGCCUUUUUAGACAGUCUCCCUCACUUUGUCAUACACAACCGCUUUUCUCUGUGUGAGGCAAGCCAUUCAGCAUGUCACGAGGCAGCUUUGUCUUCACACCCAUGGCCUUGCGUUCUCUUGAACUUGAUGAGGACAUGCUAGAGAGAUACAAGUACAAGAGGCAGAUGGCCUCCCAUCACCUCAGUAGCUAUAUGCUGAAGAAGGAGGCCAGGGACAGGGAACCGCUGAGGUCCAGCACUGCCCUUCCACCAGCUGUGUGCCAAGAUGUGGUCAUCCAGAAUGCUCUGUAUACAGGAAACUUGGAGGCUAUGCAGCACCUUUUUCCUAGAGGAUCCACAGUAAACCUCAUCAUUGAGCCACAGGGAGGGGACAUGCGCUGGGUCGCCAGAGGGGAAGGACUAUGGUCACUGACUUAUGAGCAGGAACUGACCACACCACUUCACAUCACUGCUGGUCGAGGUUUCGCGGACUGCCUGAAACUCCUGCUGCAACGUGGGGCCAACGUAGACCUGGCCCCUGGUGGCACCACUGCCCUCCACGAGGCCUGUGAAAACUGCCAGCCAGAGUGUACCAAACUGCUGCUGAUCCACGGCGCCAACGCCAAUGCUGUCUCUGAAGAUGGCCUUAUGCCUUUGCACGUCUGUACAAGCCCAGAAUCCCUUGAAUGUGCCAAAUAUCUCCUUCAGUAUGGUGCAGCAAUCAAUGGUCGCACUAAUGAUGAAAAUGACACUCCCUUACAUGUGGCAGCCAGGAACGGCCUCUCAGACCACACCGAGCUCUACCUGCGCUAUGGAGCUACUGUGGACAAACGGAACGACGAGGGUCUCUCACCCCUGAACGCUGCUUGUUCUCAGCCCCAGGAGGCGCAGGACCUCCAGCGUUACUUCAAGGUGUGCCAGAUGCUGGUGGGGGCAGGUGCUGAUGUCCACAGUACAGACCAGGACAAACACACUCCUUUGCACAUGGCCUGUAAGAAUGUAAAUCCGGACAUAGUGGACAUGCUCCUGGCUAAUGGUGCCUGUGUUAACAACAUGGACUACGGUGGUGAAGCUCCCAUGCACAACAUCCUGAAGGUGGUGUGCUACAAGAUUUCCCAUAACCCUGAGAGGAUUGUUCGUGCUCUGCUCAACCAUGGUUCUAUUCGGGUGUGGCCUGGAGCUCUGCCCAUGGUUUUGAAGCACUGCUGUGAAUCUCCACGCACCAUCGAGGUCCUUCUGAAUGCCUACAGUCACCUCAAAGUCACAGACACCUGGGUUGAGGCGGUGUCUGCAGAGAUGUUUAAGGAGCACAAGGAGUUCUAUGAGUCAGUCUUCUCCUUGACACUGACUCCUCGCUCCCUGCAGCACUUGGCACGCUGCAGACUCAGGAGCUUCCUGGAGGGCCGAGUACACAAGGUGGUCCCCAAACUUGAUCUGCCCAACUUCAUCAAGAACUACCUGCUCCUGGAGUACAGAGGCUAUAUCCACUGAGAGCAGGCUGUGCAGCCUCAGCGCUGAGACCUGAUGAAGACUUCGCUGCUGCUAAACCUGAAGAGAAUGAUACUCAGAGCUAUUCAGAAACUUUAGCAGUAUGCAUCAAUACUCUGAAUAUUUUUUAAAUACACUUUUAUGCCAUGUGUAAGCUCUUUGGGAGGAAGAAGCAGCUGCUUGUUUUCUGUCACUUUAAUGUCAACAUCAAGCUUUCAGCACAGUCCCAUGUUUGAUUUUGCACCACAAGAGGGAGCUAUAGCCUUGAGUUGACAAAGUAUAUAGCAAGUAUGCAACUGUGUGUUUUGUAUUUUAUUUAUUUUGAGACUUAUCCUAUUUUUUUUUUACUUUUGCACUUGAUAGUAAAGAGACUAACAUGCUUGUAUUUUUAUACAUAAUAAUUGUCAUAGUUUGAUGUUAAUGGGCACUGUAAUGAUGUGUUUUACAUUGAGGACUGCCAUCAAAUAUUUGCAUAAAUAAUCAUUAUUCCCACCGAUAUGAUUGUAAUUAGGCGUUUUAUAUCAAAAG